UAAUUUUCCGUACGGUUUAAUUUUACGGUAUAAACAGAUAUUAACUGAUAUAAGCGCAGCCGCAGAAUGAUUAUUAAAGAACUUCCUUUUUCGGUUCUAAUUUCAUAGCAAAAUGUUUUGGACAGACAAAGAAGCCAUUAAGAAGAAGAGACCCUUCAGGAAGUUUGCCUACAGAGGUUUUAACGUCGAUCAACUGCAAGAUAUGACCAGUGAGGAGUUGGAAAAGAUAUUCACAUGUCGAGUAAGACGUCGUUUGAAACGUAGAUUUGGAAAGAGGGCAUUAGUUGUUAUCAAGAGAUUGAGGAAGGCAAGGGCAUGGGCAUGGAUUCGUCACCCUGAAAAAGAGGUUGUCAAAACACAUGUGAGAAACAUGGUAAUUGUUCCAGAAAUGAUAGGCAGCAUUCUGGGUGUCUACAAUGGAAAGACUUUUAAUCAGUUUGAAAUCAAGCCUGAGAUGAUUGGCCAUUAUUUGGGAGAGUUCAGCAUCACAUACAAACCUGUGAAGCACGGUCGACCUGGUAUUGGUGCCACUCACUCUUCAAGAUUUAUUCCACUGAAAUAGACUACUGUACGUGUAU